GAAGAAGAAGAAGAAGAAGAGGAAGAAGAGGGGGAGGAGGAAGAGGAGGAAGAGGAGGAAGAGGAGUCCUGCUGCUCCUCUCUAGACCUGUGUCUACCAGCAGGACGGAGGAGCAGGAGGGUCGACGGUCGAACUUGUCACUACACCACAGCUACACCGGAGGAUCUGUCACUCUUCAUCCCGUGUGCGGUAGCGAGGACGUCGCGUGUGUUAAUGGACGUGUGUGCGGCGCCACUCAGCUAACGUUAGCCUUUUAACAAGCUCCUCGUCGUUGGCUGUAAAGAUUCCUCCGAGCGCUAAAAUUCAGCCAUGAACUAAGAGUUACUGCGGCACCUUCAACAGUACCUGGGACCGACCUCGGUGCAUGUGGCCUCUUCAGUUGUGCAGAGACGGCCGGCCUGCCCUCAGGCCCGCUGCUGGGACCAUGAACCCUGUGAGGAGCCGGACGGUCCUCCUGGUCUUUGGGCUCCUGGUGUCCGCGGCCCACGGCGCUGUGGCAGAGCAGCAGGAUCCCGUGGUGGAGAUGAUGCCUGUGGAGUUGGAGGCCUCCAUGCAGUCGUCUGUGCUCCAUCGGCUGCAGGCUUUGGUAGAGGACGGUCCACCAGCAGCUGACCCAGAAUCAUCCGUACACGACCAGGGAGCGUCAGCUGGUAUACCGGACUCCUCCGCGUUUGUGGGUCAGAUGUUCCAGUUGAAGGUUCCACCCGAGUCUGCCAGAGGGAACUGUAACGUCCAUCUCACUGAAAUGGGGAAGGAGAUUCUGCCCCCCUGGUUGUACCUGGACAAAGACAGCUGCACUCUGAGAGGAUUGGCCCUGGAGCAGGAUAAAGGUGUUCAUCACAUCCUGCUGACCACGGAGACCGUGACGGGCCGGACCGGCGGCCCGCUCUUUGAAAGGAAGAUCUUCUCUGUGGAAGUUUACCCUGAAGAAAGGGCGGAGCCUGAGCCCGGCCUGCUGUCUCUGCAGUCUGACCUGGGCGGUCCACACCUCCUGACCUGUGGCCCCGAGAAGGUCGUCACAGUCCUGACCGUCAUCCUGGAUGCUGACCUGACUAAGAUGGAUGCCCAACAGAGAGUGUCCUUGCUGCGCAACAUGACCAAGUUCUCGGGCGUCGCCCCGGAGCACAUGAAGGUGGUGCCUGUGGUCAACAACCGUCUCUUUGACAUGUCUGCCUUCAUGGCAGGACCAGGAAACGCCAAGAAGGUGGUAGAGAACGGAGCGCUGCUCUCAUGGAAACUGGGCUGUGCCCUGGACCAGGGCAGCAUCCCUGACCUCGGCAGUGUCCAGUCCUCGGCCAAAGACGGGACCAUGUCCUCCCGCCUGGGGUAUCCUGUGGUAGGCUGGCACAUUGUAAACAAAAAGCCCCAUGGAGUGAAACGGGUCAGGCGGCAGUUGAACAACACACCCACCCCAGUACCAUCCCUGCUCCCCCCAACCACCCACCCUGAGCCCCCUGUACGUGUUGUACCAACACCAACAUCGCCCGCAAUUUCUCCCGCCACUAAAAACACCACCCCUCCUGUGAGAGGCCCGUUGCCUCUUCCAGUCAAACCUACAAUGAGGGUCAGGGACCAGAUUGCUCAUACACCUGUUCUCGGGCCCCCCCAACCUACGAAGGUACUAGAAACUACCAGCGCUCUCCCAAUUCAGCCGACCAUGACCCGGCCCACGUUUGUAGAGGCCACUGCUGUGCCAACAAAACCAAGCACCACCAAGAGGCCCAAGUCCACAUCCACGCGAAGACCCAACAAGAAAAACAAAUCCACCACUCCGGCUCCUCGGGAACCCAAGUCUACGACGGUGAAGCCGCCCCGACGCACCAGUCCUCAGGCUUUGGCUCCGGACUCCAAUCAGAUUCCAGAGAUCCACAAUGCCAUUGAUCAGGUUACCACAUGGGUCGGCACCUACUUCGAAGUCAAGAUCCCACCUGACACAUUCUUUGACAGGGAGGACGGAACCACCGAUAAGCUGCGUCUGACUCUGAAGAAGACACCGAACGAGCCCGUGACCGAGACGUCCUGGAUCCAGUUCAACAGCACCAUCCAACUGCUGUACGGCCUUCCAGAGGAGCAGCACGAAGGGAAGCACGAGUACUUCAUGUUGGCCACCGAUAAGGGCGGGGGGAGCGUCAUGGACGCCUUCGAGGUCCAAGUCAACCGUCUGGCUGCUAGUGACAAACCUUCGGUUGUGUUUGCUGCUCGUUUCCAUGGUGACCCUAAAACUUUGACCAGCGAUGUCCACAAGAAGAUUCUCCUGACCAAAAAGUUGGCGUACGCUCUGGGCGAUCGUAACAGCAGCACGGUGACUCUGAAGAGCAUCACGAAAGGUUCCAUCGUGGUGGAAUGGACCAACAAUAGUCUCCCGCAGAGUCCCUGUCCCAAGGACCAGAUUAUGGCUCUGAGCAACAAGAUCUCUGACCCCCAGGGAACACCCAAGCCUGCCUUUGUCAAGACCAUGGAGCCAGAGUUCAGGCCCAUCAACGUCUCCAUCCGUGGUACCAAUAAAUGUCACAGUUACACCUUUGUGCCACCGGGGGAAGUUCCGGCGCCUGUUGUUCCUACAUCCACGACGAUGCCUGGCACCGGCCUGAGGAGCGGCGACGACGUCUACCUUCACACUGUCAUUCCUGCNNNGGUGGUGGCGGCUCUCCUGCUGAUAGCAGGGGUCUUCGCCAUGGUCUGCUACCGCAAGAAACGCAAGGGUAAGAUGACCAUCGAGGAGCAGGCCACGUUCAUCAAGAAGGGCGUCCCCAUUAUCUUUGCUGAUGAGAUGGACGACUCCAAGUCGCCGCCGUCGUCCAGCAUUCCUCUUAUCCUCCAAGAAGAAAAGCCCCCACUGCCCCCUCCAGAGUACCCCAACAUGGCCGGCCCCCACCGUAACCCGCUGAACCAGGACCUGCUGGAUGACUAUUCCGUUUACCAAGAUGACGACCCCAACGCUCCCCCUUACCAGCCCCCACCUCCGUUCACCGUCCCUAUGGAAGGAAAGGGUUCCCGGCCCAAGAACAUGACGGCGUACAGGUCUCCGCCCCCCUACGUGCCCCCCUAACGCCCACUGGAGCGUUCAGUUUGAAUGUGUGGAUGCUGGUUUGAAAACUGAGAUCAUCACUGCAGUGGUUUUAAUGUUGACCUUGUAGAAGAGCAGGCGACCAUGUUCAUAUAUUUGACCGUUAUGGAUACAAACUCUAGCACCCCCACUGGGCCACUGGUGGGAACGUUCUUUUCUUUGGUUUGUCCUAAAGACCUGCUUUGACUUUUUCUCACUUCUGUUCUUUCUUUGCCAACGAAGAGUCCUUUCAUCUUCACUGACAAACUAUUUCUAUUGUAUAGAAAAACAACCAGGAGGCUGGAGAGACUGAUGUCAUCACCACCACAGACUGGAGGCUCCGCCCACCAUCUGUCAUCCUGAUGAGUUCUGACCUGGGCUAGGUUUACUAAGAUUUUACGCCCUUUAUUUCUCGAGGGAACGACAUAAAAAAACCUGAAGCAUGAAAGAGUCCAGGAC